UCACCGGCUCCUGGCUGGAGAUUCCCCUCCGGCACCUGAUGAUCGCCUGGCAAAGCUGACAGGGGAGAGACCUAAAGGAUAUGCUGCUUUGUAUCUCUCUGCACAGCAGAGAAAUACAAAGCAGCAAGUCUCCCCAGUAAAACUCACACAGAACAUCAUGUAAAACAGCACACAGUUAACCGUUUGGUCGCCCCAGAUGUUAACCUCUUCCUGCCAAGUGUCAUUAGUACAGUGUCAGUGCUUUUUAUUAGCACUGAUAACUGUAUUAGUGUCAUUGGGAUGUUCAGUCCCCCCCCAAUAUCAGAAUGCCCGCCACAGUUCCGCU